GCGACGUCAUCACGCAAACCUCCGAGGCGCCGCGUGUCGUACACAGGAAGUAGAAUCAUCAGCUGAUCGCUCGGCUGUUGUUGAUGCCCGAAGUUGCUGCGGCUCGGAGCCUGUGUCGCUCGUCUCCGCUGCGGACAUCGAGGACGUGAGACGGGGGACACGGUGGACAUUGUUGCACCAGUCGACGACUCUAGGGGGACGAGAGGCGUCCAGUCGCGAGGGCUGUGAGUUAGCCGAGGUAGCAGCUAAGCUCCCGGGGGCUGGAAAGCUUGUCGGUGGAAGGAAGGCAGAAAGAAAAACAGCAGCUUGACGGGUUCUCUUUGUUUGUGUGGUGCCGGCUCUGAAGCGCAGUGUUCACCCCCUCCUCCCUCCCCUGGUGUCUGUGGUUCUCCUUCCCCAGCACAGACGUUAUCUAUGUUUACACUUCGUUAGCAUCAGGCUAAAAAAAAAAAAAAGGCAGCAGCUAGCUCGCCAGCUAACGUUAGCACAUAGCGCUGUGUUGCUUUCGUAACCGUGUGACAGUGUCAGAUAAGGAGCCGAGGGGAGCAGCCUGGUUCUCAGGGGGCGAUAUACUUGUGCCUCUGAGUUUUUUCCUCAUCUGUUUAUCAGCGGAUCAGGUCGGUGGACACGCGGGACUGUGGUUCAAAGAGCUGGCUGUCGGGUUAUUACUUUGAAAUCUUGAUUGUUUUUGUCCUUAACUUUGAAUUUAAAGUUGUGUAAUAAGUUGAUUUCAACUCAAAACAAGCUGCAGGUUAAGUGACAGCUGGCUCUCCUGGUUGCGUCAUUUGUUUAUGUGCACGCUUGUCAGUCUCUGUUGGGUAACCUGUUACUUGUGAUUUAAUGGUUCUGUAAUUGAAAUCCGGUGUUUUUCUGUCAGGCUCAGUCAGAGCUGUGGAUAUCAUUCCAAAUAUUUAACCUCGUCGUUCAGUUUUAAUGUGAGCAACAUGACGUGUGAUUGAAGAGGCCAGUGUUUUUCCGCUGUAACUCAUAGAUUGAGUUUGGUGUCUUUAGAGCAGUGAGUAGAUUAGAGUUUGUCAAUUGAAGUGGCCACCUUGAUAUAAGUGUGAGACAGUGCUGUGACCAGAGGACGAGCAGAGAGAGAGAGAGAGGAAGGGAGGGUCCCUCAGUCCCACUGUGUCUUGAGGUGAGCUGUCCCCCCCUCACUACUUGCCAAUGCUGGAUCUGGAGGUGGUGCCUGAGAGAUCACUAGGAAAUGAGCAAUGGGAAUUCGCCUUAGGGAUGCCAUUGGCCCAGGCCAUCUCUAUUCUACAGAAGCACUGCCGCAUCAUCAAAAACGUCCAGGUGCUAUACAGUGAGCAGACACCACUCAGCCAUGACCUUAUACUGAACCUGACUCAGGAUGGGAUUAAACUGCUGUUUGAUGCCACAAACCAGAGACUCAAGGUGAUCGAAGUGUAUGACCUCAGCAAAGUCAAGUUGAAAUACUGUGGAGUCCAUUUCAACUCUCAGGCCAUUGCCCCCACAAUAGAACAAAUAGACCAGUCGUUUGGAGCCACGCACCCUGGAGUUUACAAUGCCGCAGAGCAGUUGUUCCACCUCAACUUUCGGGGACUGUCCUUCUCCUUCCAGCUGGACUCUUGGAAUGAAGCUCCGAAAUACGAGCCUAACUAUGCCCUGGGUUUGGCCUCCCUGCAGAUUCCCCACGGGGCCAUGGUCAAGAGGAUGCACAUCUACACUGGCAACAACCUGCAGGAAACAAGAGCUCCAGCGAUGCCGGUGGCUUGUUUCCUUGGCAACAUCUAUGCAGAGUGUGUCGAUGUCCUGAGAGACCGGGCAGGGGCUCUGGGGCUCAAACUCCGCCUUCUCACUGCAGGUUGUGGUCCAGGUGUGAUGGCUGAUGCUAAAGUGAGGUCUCUCGAGAGGAGCAUCUACUUUGGAGAUUCCUGUCAGGAUGUACUCGGUGCUCUGGGCUCACCACAUAAAGUUUUUUACAAGUCUGAGGACAAGAUGAAGAUCCACUCUCCAUCACCUCACAAGCAGGUUCCUUCUAAAUGUAACGACUACUUCUUCAACUACUUCACCCUUGGAGUGGAUAUCCUGUUUGACUCAACAACUCACCUGGUGAAGAAGUUUGUCCUGCAUACCAACUUCCCGGGACAUUACAACUUCAAUAUAUAUCAUCGAUGUGACUUUAAGAUUCCACUAGUCAUCAAAAAAGAAGGAGCUGAUUCUCAGACAGAGGACUGCAUCUUAACCACCUACAACAAGUGGGAUCAGAUUCAGGAACUGUUGGGUCACCCGAUGGAGAAGCCUGUUGUGCUCCACAGGUCCUCCUCAGCCAAUAACACCAACCCAUUUGGCUCGACGUUCUGUUUUGGACUGCAGAGGAUGAUCUUUGAGGUGAUGCAGAAUAACCACAUAGCGUCAGUGACCCUCUACGGUGCUCCACGGACCACCGGUCAAGCCCGACCCGAAUCCAGUAGUAGUUCCCACUGAACAAGCAACCAGAACCGCAUCCCAUUCUGGCCUGUCCUGAAUCUAGUACCUCUACUGACUGAACCUCUUAACACGGAGCCAGAUUCUUAACCAAGCAGACCUGACCCAGGACAACAAAGCUAUUCUUGCUCAGAUAACGAACACUGAGUAGAAGCACAACAAGAACCCAAGGAACAACCAAAUCAGACCUGACGCUAAUCAGCUUCUCACAGUGGGUAUUAGGAUUAUUCUUCCAAUCAGACACAUCCAGCAUAUCCCAUGACAUCCAGGAUCUACAUACAUUAUCGCAGUGCUGGAGCAUUAAAGCUUUGAAAUGAAACCAGUGAAAUAAUUCCCUGGUUGUGUGGAAAUAUCACUGUGGUGCUGCAAACUGACAUAGUGAAGAAAUCUGCGCUUUUGUAGAGCUCAGCUGUUUCCUGUCUCCAUCCUGUGACUGCAUCCGCCCAGGACCACAGACGACCACAGACUGUAGUUUGGACGGCAAGGCUCCACCAGUGAGAUGUACCGUAGAUGUAAACCACGACAGUGUGGUGGUGAGACUGCGAGCGUUUGGAAUUCACCUGCUGCACAUUUUAAAGAUAACAGUUGUGACGUCAACUCGGCUGCAACUGAAAACUGCUGUGGCCAAAAUUCUUGAAGCAAACUCGACCCGCUGACUACACAUCAUCCGAUCACACUGCCGAACCGUACCGCCUGUCUUCCUGCCUCAAUUUCAUAAUCAGACCUGACUGGAUCGGUCAAAACCCCGGAAUGCGUCCAAAUGACGAGAACCAAACCAGCCGACCAAGAGACCAUCAGAGCCAAACACACAGAGGACUGUAACCAAAAUACAGAAACACACAGAAGAAUCCAAGAUCCUGUUGAGGAACCAGACGCACUCAGGGUGUCUGAGUGCGUGAAAGAGACGUGGCCCAGGACGUAACCCACUCCAUGGACGAGCCAAUCAAACCAGAUGAUCCAAACAUCCCACAUCACCUCCUGAUUAUUGUCGCCCUCUUCAUCGUCUUACCCGUCCUUCAGCGUUGUUCAGUGGUGCCCUCAAAAGACACAGAACACACACACACACACACACACAAGUAGACAUCAGCGAACAUUAUUAUUCCAAAGCUGUUGCAUGCAGCUCUGGACAUCAGCGACUCACACUCACUAGUGAAUAUUUGCAUGUGCUCGGCCGCUGAUCGACAUUUCAGGACAUAAAUUCAAGCACACUUAACGCAGCAGCAGCAGCAAUCUGUUCACUACUUGGUCGUUUCUAAUAUUUAAAACCUGGUUCAUCUUUUUUUUUUUUAAGCCUUCGCAGCGCUAACACAAAACACGGGAACACGCAGGCAUGACACAAGGUUUGCAUGAACCUGGCCGAUGCUUUUGAAUGGAAAGAGACUCGUCACAAGAUCGAACCAGCAGCCAGCUGUGUAGAUCUGAUCCUGCAUGUUGUGAGGGGCACAGACCUGGCACGCAGUUUAGUUUGUAUUUCUCUCCAUCCUCUGUCACUCUUUCCCACCGAUGACCAUUUUCAUUGUGAUCAGUGUUGAUAAAAUCAAAUCCAUUUUGUACAUUUGCACUAAUACACACCUUCGUACUUGACCGGUCGAUUGUGCCCUAUACUCAGAGAUGAAGUCGCGGAGACGUUUGGAGAUAGAGGUGUGUGUGUGUGUGUCUCUGUCACAGGUCACAUUUGGGGGAAAUCUUUGUACAAAGCCAUGUUUCUUCUAUCCAUCCAUUAUCUAUACAGCUUAUCCUUUAAAGCUUGGGUUGGUAAUCCUGGGAAAGUGAAGAGUAAUGCCAGAGCGACGCAGGGGUGGAAGCUGGAGAACGGAGCUGAUGGUGCUUUCCACUGCUCCACCAGCCAUGUUGUUUUUUCCUGUUUGGGUAAAAAGCUUAUUUCUGGGACAGUGGUUAAGUUUAGGUUUAAGUUAAAUCUGCAGGAAAUGAACACAAGUCUUUGUAACGUCCCCGAAAGUGACCUGUGACGUGUCCAUUUGAACAGAGGAGUCCAUGUUUGCCGUCACGUCCUCUGCCUCACACCCAUCUCUCCCUCUCUCUCUCUUUUUUCUUUUUCUUGCUCUGCACUCUCUUCAUCUUCAUCCCUCCACGAUGUCUGCGUUUAUUUCUCUGUUGCCAAAUGCUUAUAGCCAAAGAUGUUUCAGGAGGAUUUUAAUUUGAUCCGCAGACAUCAUCACUGUAAAGUUUGUGUGUCGUCUCAUCGCCGUAGUAACUCCUCUAAAAUUCAGCUCCCGGUUUCUCUUCCUGCCGACAGUAAUCACACUAAACAAGAGCACGUGACUCAUACGAGUGUGGGUCCUGUCUGUCACAGGGAGGUUUACAGCUGGAGACACAUUAACAAUAGUAAGAACCUGUGUCGUUCCUGUUGUGCGUGUCUCUUGUGCAGUGGUUAUCGUUGUCACAGAGCUGUCACUGAAAUAUUUACCAUUGUUUCUCUGUGCGUUCGGGACAUUUGACCCCAUUUUGAAAAAUGGGGAUCAUUCACUCCUCCGUGAUGUUUGAGUGCAGGUUGCACCUCCCUCCUGUGAUGUAAACAUUUCAGUUCUUUUUGAUUUUAAGCAACUGAAUAAACUGUGUAUUAAUUUGAAUACACAUAUUCUGUGUUAUCGUCCCUUCACACAAUCCCAUGUGCUUUUCAUUUUGUCACAGUUGCUUGAUUUGUGAUUGCGUGUGACUGCGUCGGGGUGGAAGUCGGAGCUCGUUUUAUUUUGUUGAGAAUGAAAUGAAAAAAUGGGAUGUUUUGUUUUGAUGUCGCUUCAUGUAGAACAGCUUUUAAAACUUCACAGUGUUGUUUUUUAUCUUGUAAAUGUUCACCCACAGCCCAGCUGAGUCAAUGACUUCAUCCCUCACAGACACCAGAGUGCGAGUUAGCAGAUUCAAUGAAACCCCCCCUUUCACUGUAACGGAAAAAAACAAAUGUUUGCAUCAUUACUAACUAACUGCUAAUCAUCGAUUUACCUCUUUUUAGAAUCACUAUUAGUCUUAAGUUAAGUACCGUUCUUUUCGGCUCAGCAUGGCUUUGAAUUUAAAACCAGAUUUCCUGUGUUUUAUUGUUUUUUUUUUAUUAUUUUAUUUUGGAUGAAGAUCGUUUUUGAAUUUUUUCUAAAGUAUUUGGGUCCUAAUGCUUCUGGAGUUGAUGUUGAUGUACAGACGCUGUAAAUAGUUGUGCUCUUAUUCUGGUGUCUUCUAAUUUACAUACAUCUGAACGGCUCGGUACGGACACAACGGACUCAGGCUCUGGCUGAGUGUAUUCACAUUUCUUUCCUCGAUGCUAAUUCCAUUAAAAUCUCAGGAGGAGGGAUCUGCUCAUAAACGAUCACUGGAAAGUUUUUUUUGUUUUUUUUUUAAAUCUUGUUUUAUUUUUAAUUCCAGACCCCUUUGGUAUCAAAACCUUUCCAUGUGCGCGAGGCUGCGUGUUCGCAGAUGUAGAUAAACCUGCUUCAGAAACGCUUGAACUGCUCCUGAGGGGCGUUCAAACACAAAGCUCCUUUUUACGCAGGCGGUAAAACAAUAAUCCUUUUAUUUCUCGUUUGGACCGGUGGAGUAGACGGGUCAGAUUUGAAGUCAAGCUUCAGUUUGUUGCUUGAUUUUACGUGUUUACAUCAGAAAAAUAAAAAAAUCUCUGGCUUCAGCUCUCUUGUUGCCGAACUCCCUCCUUCAGUGAGGUGAUGUGGUUCCUGGAGCCAGGAGAGAUGUUUGAUCCGCUCCUUGAUUCUCUGAGGCCAGGACUCUGGAGCUGAUGUAAAAUAAAGCUGCAGUAUAUUACAACAUUUUGCUACAACUUGCUUUUGUGCAAACAAACAUGAGAAAUCAAUGAGAAAAAAACCAACAAACACGAAACUGUUGAACAUUGUGCCUCAUCUCCCACCGAGCCUGUCUUUGACUUUUGUCUCUCUCUCCUCUGUUAAAAGGAAAAACUCCUUGUACAUACGAUUUGAGAAUGCAUUGAAUUGCAUCAUUGUACAGUGUGUGUGUGUGUUACAGAGAAUAUCAAUAAGCUAACAUGGUGUCAUGGCCGUCUCAGAUGUUUUCAGUUUUCCUGUAGAGAAUGACAGGUUGGGUUUUCUAAGAUGAGGAUUUUUCAGGUUUUUUUUCACCAUGUCAGUGUUUUUUUUAUUUCAGCUGUUUCUCUUUUUUUUUGUGUUUGAAUCGACAUUAAAUACCCAGAACAGUGCAAAUAUUCACAGGCCUUUAAAGCUCAUGAUAGUUUACGUGGAAUACAGGAUUUUAGAAAUGAAACUCUGCCAAAACAAAAUUGAGUUGUGCAGAAGAUUUUCUCCGAAAAAAAAGGAGAUUGUGUGUCAGUAAAUUUAAUUAAAACCUGAGGCGAAACUUUUCUUUCUCUCCCUCCACCCUUCACAGAAUUUGACUAAAUUGGUAAUUUCCCAAAGUGUCUCAUUGGAAGCAGAUGGAUCAGAGAGCAUUAGAAAAAAAGAAAUGAAAAACUGAAAGUUAGAGUCAGAGCGAAGAAAAUCAAACGUUUGGGACAGAAAUGUCCAGUCGUCACAGGAAACUGGGCCCAGCACACGACACACACAUCAGAUGCUGGUGAUCAGACGGACAAACCCUGUUUGUUAACUCCAACACAGACAGUAGAUGAUGUCAUCAUGUUGCAUGCUGGGUAGUUAAUCUCGCUCCCAAACUCAGGUGGAAACAUCCCAACCUUGUUUUUUUUCCUGAUAUUUUUAAAUCAGAAAACUGAAAUCUGGAACUUCUGUGUGGUUUUCAAUUUAAAGUCUCUUUUUUUGUGUUGCUGAGUGGAGGAAUGGAUGAUUGUGAUAAUUUAUCAUGGACAGAUUUUUCAGUGUUAAUCUCACACUAAUGCUUUGUAUUGUCUGUUCUUGGUAUCAUAUGUUCUAACAUGUCCCUUAUUCUCCUCUUCUGUGGACUUUGAACCCAUUGGGGCAGUUACGCUUAAUUAAAUCUUGUAAAUUUCAUUGGAAUGUGGCAUUUUAUAUUUUGAAUACUUUAACUUUGUGUAUUAAAAAUACAUGGAUCCAUUCAGCAUGUCCACUGACAAAACGGCAAUAACAUUUGGAUGUAGUGCGAGGAGACGGACGAGGUCGACUGAAAGCUUUGCUGGAGCAGAAUAUUUUUUUUGACGGCGCCUGAUUGAUGGUUGUUGAGAUGAGCUGCUGCUGUGCGUUGUUUAACAACCUCGAUGCAACAUUUGGACUUUUCUGAAAUCAAAUGUUCACUGUUCAUUGACGACAAAGUUCAUUUUAUGUGUGUGCAACCAGGAUAUGAAAAAAUAAAAUAAAAAAUGUGGAUGUCAA